AUGGCGAUUCUCCGCACUACUCUUCCGAUCAUCGCCGCCAUCUGUUUACUUCUACCUUGCCCACCAUUCUCCUCCGCCGCCGACAAAAGUUACGAGCUAGCCACCAAAGUCUGCAAAAACACAACAGACUUCGACUUCUGCCGGGGGGUCGUGUUCCCAGACCCACGCGCUGCCGCCGCCGACCGCGUGGAUUUGGCUUACAUAAUCUUCAACUUGACCUACAUCAACUCGACCAGCACCCAAGAAUACAUCGAACGGGAAAUCAAGUCCAUCGGCGGCGGCGACGCAGCAUUACUGGAAGGACUGAAAAAAUGCAGGGAUUACUAUAAAGAGGCAACUCGGACUCUUUUAUACGAUAUGCUGGGAGACUUGGAUUCUGAUAGCUAUUCUGGGUUCGAUAAAGCAUCGCUUAGAGUUAAAGAACAAGCAACCGCCUGCGUAUUGGGUCUCCGCCACUCCGGCGGAGGAUCUCCGGCGAUGAGGAAGAGGAACGGCGUUCUGGUCAAGCUUGCCGAUGUUUGUUACGCCGUUUCUUUGCUAUUUCCGUAUAGUUGA